AUUUCCGGGUUUCUGAGAAACAGUUGUGAAGGGAGAAUCUCGCUUUGCUUGCUGGUCAAGACGAGAGCAGAAUAAAAAGUACAUGAAAAUAGGAUAUAAACUGGAGAUACGCGUACCUCGAAUUAGCUUUUGCACAUAAAUAGAACUUGUUUACAGCCAUAGUUAAAACGCCAGCUAAAUUCCACUUGACAGCUGUCGCGAGUAAACAGCUAGCAAGCUUACUUUGGGUAUCGGAUUUAGUUGAUUUCGCUAGUAAACUAAUUUAGCUGCUAGUGUCCCGCAGUUUUUAUUAGAUUUUCUAAGCAAGUAACCAAGAGAGCCGCCUACUGCCUGGGAUUGUGUUAACUAGCAAACUUGCCACAACUGCAGUUUCCAUUCAUGUUGUUAUUGAAGACGAGACUCACAAUCCUUCGAGACGGGGAGUUUGAGGGUGUACCCAGAGCUGAGACGGUGAACAAACCUCCUCCCCAAGGUGCCCACAGAGGGACAGGAUGCCCGUCCCUCCUCCUCCCCCUCCUCCUCCAGGACCCCCACCUCCCCCCACCUUCAACCAGGCGAACACUAGAGCACCUAAGUUGAAUCGGGAUGCGGCGAAGGGGAGAGGAGCGUUGCUCUCUGACAUCUCCAAAGGAGCCAGGCUGAAGAAGGUUGGAGUGGUCAAUGACCGAAGUGCACCUAUUAUAGAGAAACCAAAGGAAAGUGGUGGUGGCUGUGGUAGAGGAGGAGGAGGGAGCAGUGGUGGGUCAGGGGGAGGCUCUGGGGGGCUUUUCGCUGGGGGCAUGCCAAAACUACGAUCAGUUGGAGCUGGAGACGCCUCAGUGGGCAGAUCCGCCCUGCGUCCCCCAGGCUCCAGACCUGCAGCCCCCCGGCCCACCCCAGGCCGCUCUACCUCCCCCUCCCCAGGAGACAAACCCUCCCCAAGUGACAAACCUUCACCCCCGGAGCCCCAGCGCUCCCACCGCCCCUCUCUCCCCGACAUCUCCCGCCCCCCAACCAGUGCCAGCUCCUCCCACUCCUCCACUGGGGGCAUGAAGCACAGUACUUCAGGCUCAGCUCCGCCCCCUCCUUCAGGCAUGAAACACAGCACAUCAGCCCCACCCACUCCACCUUCUUCGACAGGGGCCAUGAAGCCCAGCACAUCCGCCCCAGCUCCUCCCCCGCCAUUUAACCGAGGUGGUUACCGCAGCAAUGCCCCGUCAACCCCGCAACAAAAGGCCCCAGUAGGCAUCAGCAACAGCCGGGAGAAGCCCCUCCCCCCGCCGCCCCAAAGAGGCCCGGCUCUGCCCAGCUCUGGCCCUCCUCCUUCAUCAAGACUGCCUCCUUCCUCCACGCGGCCGCCCACUGGGGGGUCCUCGGCGCCCCCUCCGCCCCCACCUUACAGGCACUCCUCUGGGGGCACCUCCAAUGGCCCCAUGGGGGACCAUGGUGGAGAUGGGGCUCCGAAACUCCCCCAGAGGCACAACUCUCUGCACCAGAAGAACACCUCAGGCGGCAGCUACGGCGGACGCAAUCAUGCACCUCCUCCACCCCCCUCGCCAUCUCCAGGACCUCCAGGCGUUGGCAGACCACCCCCACCUGCCAGGGAGCCCCCCAGCAAGAGAUCAGCCCCUUCUGCACCCAAUCCUGGGUCACGAAACGGGGGUGGUGGGCAAGCCCCUCUUCCCCCGCCCCCCUACCGGAUCCACAGUGCUGUCACUCCCAACACCACCUCCUCGGAGCCACCCCACCACACCCGGGGGCCCAGGCCCCCUCCACCCCCUUCAUCUUCCUCCCGCACCGGACCCCCGCCGCCUCCCCCGCCAAUCCGCAACGGACUCUCCUCAUCCUCCAAGUCCCAUAUAGAGGAUUUUGAGUCCAAGUUUGACUUCCACCCAGUGGAGGACUUCCCACCCCCUGAGGAAUAUAGGAAUUUCACCAAGAUCUACCCCAGCAAAAGCAAUAAGCCUGGACCAGGUACAGGCUUAGGCUUAAUUCAUUCUCCACACCACUGCCUGCAUACAUACUGUACACAACAUCCAAUAUAUGGCCUCUGCACUACUGUCACAAUGUUAUUACCAUAUGGAAUGUCAGCUGGGAUUGAGUUAAAGUGAAUAUGGGCUCUUUCAAAGUUCUUUCCGUGAUUCCUCGGAUUCUGUCGACUUGCCUCCUUUGCAAUCGUAUUGGAGAAGGUCCAUGAUCCCUCCCCUUCUCCAAUUUGUUUUGAGAAUGAUGCGAGGAAUUGAGUCAAUAUUCAUAGACAAAAAAGAGCCACAGAGGUAAGAACUGACCUGAUGUAACCUUUGCUUCCUCUACUUCCUGUAGGCAUGAUCCGAGGAGUACCUCCAGCGCCACCGGUGGCAAGGUGAACUAUGGAAUUCAGGAACAAAAUUACUUUAAUUAAUAACUCAGUCUAAUCAGAGGACGUUCAGGGGAGUGGCAUGACACUCGAAACACAUACAGGUCUAAACAUAGACACUUUAUAAGACCAGCCGGAAACAAGUCCUCAACCCCAAACAUUAUAGAAAAUUCAAUAGUCUUGUUCGACGCUACGUUUUUACAAAACCCUACACUACCAGUCGCUCUCUUUUGCACAAACACUUCAGACACUUCUGUUUCAGCAUGAUAGAACAAAACCACUCUGAACUGAGGUGCUGAAGAACAGACCUGUUUGACUGUUGUGGCCACAAGCCAAUCUUUCUGCAAGAUGGGGGGGCGUUGCAUUGAUUAUACUUUAUAGCAGCAGGACCAACUAAGAAUUCUGCAUUUCAUCUUUUGAAAUGUGUGCAUAAUCCACGAUAAUAAUGAUGUUGAUGAUUUCCUGCGAUUUAUGAAUGAUGUUUUUAAAAUGUUCUAUGGUUAACUGCAGUAACUGUGCCGUCAGUGGGAAAAUAUAGGACACACACCAACGUUGCCAACAAUGCGUUGUAUCAAUAGUACGUGUUUUUUUUUUUUUUUUAUGCCGUGCUUCCAGUGCCCUGAGGAGAAGGUGUGUGUGUGGAAUAGAAUUCUCUCCCUUGAUGUGCCAAUAGUUGGGUGAAGUAGAAUGAGGGGCCUCUCACACUUAGAAAAGCUGUCGUUUGCGUCACACAGAUAUGGCUUCGUUUUUUGGUAUCUCGUUUUUCAUUACUUUGAGGAAUGAAACGGGGACAGGAGAAAUGACUUAAAUGCUUGUCAUGCUAUGAGAGAUUGAGUCUUGCUGAUAGUGAGUAACAGUCUUUACAUUGUGUGAGGGGCAUUCCCAAUUAGAUAUGUUUAAUUCUUCCUCAUGGCAUUGCUCUGUGGCAGCAUAACCGCUUAACCGUGGCACCUGUGAAUGCCAUGUUUUUACACUAGAGAACAGAAAGUGCUGCUCAGAUCGGUUGCAUUCUAGGUUUAUCUGAAACAAAAACACUACGAAAUGCUUCAGGGAUCUGCCGCUCCUCUUUAAUUAGCGUUAGCUGCCAAAGCUCCUUUACUUUAUUGAUCAAGGAAGGCGUUUGAGAGUACUGUAUGAAAUUCUACUUUCACUUUGUUCAAUGCUGUUCCUGUUUCUUGCCACAAGGGGGUGAUCAUGGUUAAAUUAUUACCCUCGUUCCUUUCUUUGGACCAAGGGUAGCUUUGCAGGGCUGUCAGUCAUUCAACCCUGUCUUUCAGGAGUUCCUUCAAGGAACAAUUUUUUUUUUAAUACAUUCUUUUUUAAACUAAAAUAUUUGAUUUUACUGCUGGUGGCCCUUUUGGAAUAGACCUUAUCAUGGCCACAGGGAAACCAUAGUGCUUGAGUUUUUAAUGCAUUCCUAUGCAAGGAACGGUUUUGUAUGUAUUCUCACUUCUCGUUGGUAGCAACUAACCAAAAAGGAAACACCUAAGUGCCAGAAGAAUGUGUAGGGCGAAGUUGCUCCUAGAAGCUGAUUUGGGGUCAGUUUUCCAUAUUCCCUACUAAUGGUUAAGGUUAGGAUUGGGGAAGGGAAUCUUAUCCUAGAUCUGUACCUAGGUGAAACAUCACCUGGAGCACCAGGGAACUAUUUAGGCAGAGUAGGCCCCAGAAAUGUAAUCAUGGUGGAUUAUAUAAUUUUUAUGACUUAUGAGCUCCUAAAUGUGUGAUACCUAUACUGUCAUUGCAUUGUGAUUUCUGUUACGAUUCCACUACAGUGAAAGAAAACUACAUGAGAAUAGAUUCCUUUUCUCUUCUCCAUUCUUGUUAUGUAGUCCUCAGGCUAGUUGUUGCCUUACAUAUCUAUUGUCAUACUUAUUGGUACCAGUGCAUUUGUAAAAAAAAUAAUAUUUAUAUAUAAUAAUUUUUAAUUAUACUCACUUUUUGUAUUAAAUAUGCAAUAAAUAAUGUCUAUUUACAUAAAGUAUGAGGAAUUUGGAAAUUGUAGUUAUUGAUAUUUUAAUGUUUGUAAAAAGCUUGUUAUAUAGGGAGGAAUUUGAUGAAAAAGUUUAUCAACAGGCCAGUUGUGAGCUUUGUCCGACAGCCAGAGAGACGGGUCUCUUUGCAGCACUUCUCUGUAUGCCUGACUGUGUGUGUAACUUAUGUAAUUGAUGGAUAUGUUCAGUCUCACAUAGGUGACUCAUUGACUGUGAUUCUCAUGUUCUCACCCUGUUCAUUCCUACCAUGGUCAUUUCACUUGUUAAUCAACCAUGUUUUAUCAUUUGAAAUAAAUAUAUGCUUUUGGGGGGAAAAGGGGUA